CCUAAAACAGAUUGCAGCCGGACCGUAGAUUACAGCGCUGUUCUUGCAUAUAUAUCGAUAGCAACAACUAAUUUCGGUGUGAUUUUUUGUCAAUACGCUGUCCUAUACUGUCCUCAACAUACUACACCCGUAAUAUAGUGCAAUUGUGUUGAUUAAGCCGAUUGCUGGAUUAAUCCGAUUGCAAAACUGAAUAUCCGGCGAAUAUCCAACCUGCUGCUAACUUUUACCCGCUGCCCAAGUUUAGCAGUCGGCCGCAGCUCCGCGCCCCAUACACCGCUGGACAACGGAGCUGCCUUUAAUAACACCAGCACGGUACACACAGCCCCGAGCCCCCGAUGCCUCGACGCCAACCAUAACUUCACUACAUAUAGUAAGUUUCACCGACGACUGCUUUCUCAACUUGGUCCAAUACAAAGCUGGACUUGCGGAACGUCUUGAAAUGGAGUCCGGAUCUGUACCAACACUCCUCGGCUCAGCGACAAAUCUCGGACAACAGCAGACCCCAGACACCAUUUCAAUCAAGGUUGAAGAGGAUAUUGGUGGAGGCAUGCCCGCUGUAGAAGACUGUGAUGCCUUUGGAGACCGUAGCACGCAGCGCGGCGCCACCUCGGAGAGUCUGGGUGUGGACGGCCCUGGCUCCUCCCACACUGCCAGUCACAGCGGGGAGCUGAAGAUCCUGAGCGUCUACGGAAAAGGGGAGGGCCCACUGGCGGUGGACGGCCAUGACACCCUCUUCACCGCGUCAGAAGUGGAGGCCCUGAACUCGCUGUCUGCGGACCACAGCGCGGCCAAGAGCCUGGAGCGCGGCGAGCGGCUGUUCCGCCUUGAGGAGCUGACUGGGCAUCAGGGCGGCCGCAAGGGCCGGCCCGGGGUCUUGUGUGGCAAGGUUUUUCCCAAUAAUGACAAUAUGAUCGUUCACAUGAGGACAAAACCCGACGAGAAGCCGUACGGGUGUGACCAAUGCACGAAGAGCUUCAUUGGGAAAGUACACUUGGAGAUCCACAUGAGGACUCACACCGGAGAGAAGCCCUACAAGUGUGACCAAUGCGCAAAGUGCUUCAGUCAAAGUGGACACCUGAAGAGCCACAUGAGGACUCACACCGGCGAGAAACCCUACAAGUGCGACCAAUGCAUGAAGCUCUUCAGUCUGAACUGUCACUUGAAGAGCCACAUGAGGACUCACACCGGGGAGAAGCCCUACAAGUGCGACCAAUGCAUGAAGCUCUUCAUAUCGAAAACGCACUUGAAGAGCCACAUGAGGACUCACACCGGGGAGAAGCCCUACAGGUGCGACCAAUGCAUGAAGCUCUUCAUAUCGAAAACGCACUUGAAGAGCCACAUGUGGACUCACACCGGGGAGAAGCCCUACAAGCCCUACAAGUGUGACCAUUGCGCAAAGCGCUUUAAACAAACAUACGCCCUUCAGAUCCACAUUAGGACUCACACCGGGGAGAAGCCCUACAAGUGUGACCAUUGCGCAAAGUGCUUCAGACAGACGAGCGAGCUUACGGGCCACAUGAGGACUCACACCGGGGAGAAGCCCUACAAGUGUGACCAUUGCGCAAAGGGCUUCGGACAUUCAAGCCAUCUUAAGAGCCACAUGAGGACUCACACCGUCGAAAUGCCCUACAAGUGUGACCAUUGCGCAAAGAGCUUCGGACAGACAAGCCAUCUUAAGAGCCACAUGAGGACUCACACCGGCGAAAUGCCCUACAAGUGUGACCAUUGCGCAAAGAGCUUCGGACAGCCAUGCCAUCUUAAGAGCCACAUGAGGACUCACACCGGCGAAAUGCCCUACAAGUGUGACCAUUGCGCAAAGAGCUUCGGACAUUCAAGCCAGCUUAAGAGGCACAUGUGGACUCACACCGGUGAGAUGCCCUACAAGUGUGACCAAUGCGAAAAGCGCUUCGUACAGACAAGCCAGCUUAAGAGCCACAUGUGGACUCACACCGGGAAGAAGCCCUACAAGUGUGACCAAUGCGCAAAGCGCUUCGAACAGACAAGCACCCUUCAGAUCCACAUGAGGACUCACACCGGGGAGAAGCCCUUCAAGUGUGACCAAUGCGCAAAGUGCUUCAGACAAAGAGGCAGCCUGAAUGUCCACAUGAGGACUCACACCGGGGAAAAGCCCUACAAGUGUGACCAAUGCACGGAGCGCUUCAUUUAUAAAGCCUGCCUGAAGAGCCACAUGAAGACUCACACCGGAGAGAAGCCCUACAGGUCUGAACAAAUGCACGAAGCUCUUCAGUCAGAAAACGCACCUGGAGGACCACAUGUGUUAUGUAUUUUAAGCAAAUAAGCUGCCACCACAUAGCAACUAGGAAGCAGGAUCGAACACACAAGCUGUAAUAUCUACCCCAGCUACAGAAGGCAGCAUCUUUAAGACAGACGCGGAAGCUGCAGCUAAGAGCUAGACCAAGCCCACUUCACAUAAGCCAGGCCUACUUGGUCCAAUUUCAGUGACCGGAGCCAGCGGCGGUCAGAGAAUCAUAGGCGCCCCGCAGAGAGACUCGGGCCUAAGCCCGGGGCUCGAAGUAGCUCACGGUAUUACUCUCUACUAGUGUUGGAUACAAUUCCCUCCCUUUUGCUUCAUAGUUACCAUACCGAAAUACUUAAACAAAUAAAGUGAGUUAAAAGCCACCCGUUUCGAACUACUUUCAACAAGAGCACGACAAUUGCCACAUGAGGACUCACUCCGGGGAGAAGCCCUACAUGGGUGACCAAUGCGCAAGGCGCUUCAGUCAUGGCUCCAAGCUGAAGAUCCACAUGAGGACUCACACCGGGGAGAAGCCCUGCAUGUGUCUACUACCGCCCAGUAGCUCGAACACCUGUGAUCAUGAAAUGCUUUGAAAGGCUGGUCUUUCACCACAUUAAAGAUGAACUGAACUGAAAUAAUCAACAUCGUCAACGUUUUAGUUAUGAAAAAAAUGACACUAAAAAAAUUGCA